UGCGGGGUACCUGAAGGCAGCUCAACAGAUGAGAGAAUAGCGCGUGUCUGUGUGCGCGUGCGUGGAAGGCAGCAGCAGCCCUGCCUACCGUUGACGUUCCUCUCUCUUUCUCUUGUCACUGUUUUUCGGGAGGCGAACUGGGGGAGAGGUCCGCUCUUCGCUCGUCUUUCUUAGAAAACAGAUGGUGUGUUCGUGACCCGGCGGAGACGUAUCUUCGCUCUCACACGCCGGUGACUUCUUCAUUUACCGCUGCAGCACUUUUAACCAAAUCAAAGAGGAGCGGAGAGGAGCCAAGGGCGGACUGGACAGAGAGGAAGAACCAACCGGAGGACUCACUCACUGGGAGGCUGCACGUCCGCCUGCUCUCUUCAAUACAUUAAUUUAUUUACCCGGGCCCUGAACGUCUCCCGGCGUCCAGAAGUGCUGCCUCAGCCGGUUCCUGCUUCCUUUUAAACUGACUGCGUCUUCGUGGACUGUCCCCCAGAAUUAUUCAGCAAGCUAACAGGAACACAGAAAGUCCCCCUGCUUUUUUUUCUUCUGAACUCAGACGGUGGUGGCCAGAGGGACACUGAGUCCUCGCCUCUGUUUCCUCUUAUCAGCCCCUAUCGGUUGCUGUGUUUUCCACCGGCUGUGCGUGCUUUCCUCCUUUCUCAGCAGAAGACGAUGCAGGUGGAGGUAAACCGGUGACCACAGGGGCUGUUUUGUUAACUAUCCAGCAGCGUGUCAACAGAGAUGAUAGGAUAGCGUCUGGGAGGAUUUGGGGGAAAGUGAAGCGCUAAGUGGGGGGGUCAGUGUUGGUUUUCCUUCUUCAGAUGAGGCAGACACACCAUAAAGACAUGAAGUGGAUGUAGCCAACCGGUUCAGUUUUUUUAAAGCAUCAGUUUAAGCUGGAUCACUGUCUUGGUGAUCUGUGCUGCCUUCGCGGACUGUGACUAUGAGGAUUUUAUGAGAAGUGAAGCCUUUUCCCCCCAUCUACAUACAGCUAGGCUAAUCUGGGGUGGCAUUUCUUUCUUUCUUUCUUUUUCACCCGGUGUGAACACAACCCCGACUUUUAUUUUUUUCUCCUGGACGGCGAAGCUCACUCAGGGACAAAAAAUGUCUUUACGCACAGCACUGCCUGGAAACGAGCGGAACCCGGACCAUCAUACCUCCCUGUCGGCCAGCCGCUCAGAGAAGGGCACGGGCUGGUCAAGCCGCUCACUUGGUGCCAGAUGUCGUAACUCCAUCGCCUUGUGUUCAGAUGAACAGCCACACAUCGGAAACUACCGACUGCUCAAAACCAUCGGCAAAGGCAACUUCGCCAAGGUUAAACUGGCGCGACACAUAUUGACCGGCAGAGAGGUUGCAAUAAAGAUCAUCGAUAAAACACAACUGAACCCAACCAGCCUUCAGAAGGUGUUUCGAGAGGUACGCAUCAUGAAAACUCUGAACCAUCCAAACAUAGUCCAGUUAUUUGAGGUGAUUGAGACAGAGAAGACACUUUACCUGAUCAUGGAGUACGCUAGCGGAGGGGAAGUGUUCGACUACCUCGUGGCUCAUGGCAGAAUGAAGGAGAAAGAGGCCAGAGCCAAGUUCAGACAGAUUGUUUCAGCGGUGCACUACUGUCAUCAGAAGAACAUUGUUCACAGAGACUUGAAGGCGGAGAACUUGCUCCUAGACGCCGACUCCAACAUCAAAAUAGCCGACUUUGGCUUCAGUAAUGAGUUCAUGGCGGGUAAUAAACUGGACACGUUCUGUGGCUCCCCGCCCUAUGCUGCCCCGGAGCUCUUCCAGGGGAAGAAGUAUGACGGUCCAGAGGUGGACAUCUGGAGCCUGGGGGUAAUUCUGUACACGCUUGUCAGCGGGUCCCUGCCCUUUGACGGACAGAACCUAAAGGAGCUGCGAGAGCGUGUUUUGAGGGGGAAAUAUCGCGUGCCCUUCUACAUGUCAACGGACUGCGAGGGAAUCCUGCGCCGCUUCCUGGUCCUCAACCCCACCAAGCGCUGCUCGCUGGAGCAAAUAAUGAAAGACAAGUGGAUUAAUAUUGGCUAUGAUGGCGAUGAGCUGAAGCCCCACAUGGAGCCUGUGGAAGACUUUAACGAUACCAGCCGCAUUGAUGUGAUGAUUGGGAUGGGAUUCACCAGAGAAGAGAUCAGAGACGCGCUGGCCAAUCGAAAAUACAAUGAGCUCACUGCCACAUACCUGCUGCUGGGGCGCAAGACGGAGACGGAGGUCGCUGACUCUCGGUCUAGCAGCACUUUAAGUCUGGCUCGAAUCCGGCCCGGCACCAUCACCAACGGAACAAGCAAGCACUCCACUUCUUCUUGCUCCUCGGGUGCACAGUCUUCCUCUUCUGGCCAUAAGGCACAGCGCAGUGCCUCCACGUACCACCGCCAGAGACGACACUCUGAUUUCUGCGGUCCAGCUGUUCCAGGAUCAACACACCCCAAACGAAGUCCCAGCGGUGUAGCUGAAGGGGCGGGGCUUAGAGAGGAGCGGCUGUCGAUACGCAAGCCAAGCACCAACACUGUUGGCUCCCGUAGCAUCCCCACCCCCUCCAGUCCCAUGGUUAGCUCUGCUCACAACCCAAAUAAAGCUGAGAUACCUGACCGGCGUAAGGAGGUUAACUCAACCACGAAUAACAUCCCUGCUAGUGCUAUGACUCGAAGGAACACGUAUGUGUGCACAGACCGAUCCAAUUCUGAUAGACACGCCCUGCUACAAAACGGCAAAGAAAACAGUUCCACAUCCCACCGCCUCCCCCCUGCCUCCCCCUCUACCCACAGCAUUGCAGGUGCUUCUGGGACCUCCUCGUCAUCCUCCACGCCUUCCUCCCGUCUGUCCCGGGGAUCCACCGUUAGGAGCACUUUUCAUGGAGGGCAGAUUAGAGACCGUCGGCCUCCCUCUCACGCUCCUCCAGCGUCUCCUACGCUGUCCCACGAUGCCAGCCCACUGCCCCAUGCCAGAACCCGGGGUACGACCAACCUGCUCAGCAAAAUCACCUCCAAGUUGACUCGCAGGGUCACAGACGAACCUGAGAGAAUCAGCAGAUCUCCGGUCACAAGUCGCCAUCUAUCUGGGCAUCAGAAAGCGGCCGAGCCCCGGACCCCCCGAUGCGGCUGGGAUGUGAGGGUACGGAGCCCCCGUGACCCGGCCGAGGUGGUGCUAGCGCUGCGUGAGGCGGCACAGGGCUGCGGCUGCCAGGUCCACCUGGCCGGGCCUUUCCUCCUGUCCUGCACCCACGGAGCAGCCGGGGCCCGCGUGGCCUUCGAGGCCGAGGUCUGCCAGCUGCCCAGCGGGCUGGGCCAGAGCAGCGGUGUAAAGUUCAAGCGCCUGUGGGGGGCACCGUUAGCCUUUAGAGACAUUGCCACCAAAGUGUCCAAGGAGCUGGAGCUCUGAGGGCAACCGGAGGUGGGGCAGAUUGACAACGCACAGGACAGGUUAAUGAAUGAUGAGGGAUGAAGAGGAGAAGGGUCAAAAGCCCUCUUCUCUUCAUCCCUGGGCUCCACCUCAGCUGACGUGGCUAAUGAUGCCUCGCCUCCGCCAAAGACCCUCUUCUUCUGAUGCCACCAGUCACAGGCAGACAAACGGAUACACAGAUGUGGAUAGGCCACCGCCGCAGGCUUAUGAUGACCCUUGACCUUGGAGCUGUCAGUGACCUACAAUCCCUGCUUAACAUCACCACCAUAAAAAAAUGAGCCCAUAGAGUCAGACUGUUUUUGUUUUCAUGAUUUCAUAUUUGAUGAUGAUGAUGGGGAUGGUGCGAAUGAUGGAGCUUGAUAAGUUGUUGUUGUUGUUGUUGUUGUUGACAUUGUUAUUCCUUUUGUAUCAUAUUUGUUGUCAUUCCUUUUUAAAGAGCUGCUAUUUAAAGAAAUGUUUUAAUUUUUGUGUAUUAAGUUUAUUUUCUUUCUUUAGUGCUUUUAAAACGGGCAGACAUUUGGCAAACAUCACAUAUUUAAGCGAGGGUGUAGUGUGACCUCCGGCCUCUAGAGGGAGACAUGCAGAAAUGCAAAGACAAGCGUUGCAGAAUUUCUGCCCAUCCAUGAACAAAAUCGGUGUUUCUGCUCAUUUGGGAGUCUGACAUGUUUGCAUCAUUUCAGGUAAACUGCUUCUCUGCCUGCUGGGCUCAUAGCUGGCAGGUGAAGCCCUUACAGACAAGCAAAGCUGCCUAAUAAUACAGGACCAACCUGAUUAUUUAAGCGUUCGCUCUGAUCCUUAAAAAACAAAUACAACUUCACCAAAUGUUUGUCCUUUAAAGUGCUAAGUUUAAUGUGUUCCUUGCAAUAGAAGAAAUUAAUUUUAAUAUCUAGCAGGAUGUCCCUGUAUCCAUGUUGGUUUCAUCAGUUUUAUGUUGUAUUUUUCCUAAAAAAACAAAAACAAAAAAACAAGCCAAUCGGUGUGCAUUAUUGUGACACAGAUACACAAGUUAAACAACCAGUGUGUAGGAUUUUGUAGCAUGUAAGAGUGAGGUUGCAGAAAACAUCCCUACCACCACAUGGUAGGUUCUCUCUUGAGCUGGUGUUUGGGUUUCUUAGUCUGACCCAACUGAUGGUGCGAUGCUCCGGGUGCAGGACAAGCUCCCACUGUGUAGAUAAAAAUGGCUAAAGUUAAGCUAAAAAAUUUGCAAUGCGUAGUUACAUGUGCUUAUACACUAAUGUAAACAUAACUAUGAAUGCCAUAUACAUUUCUGCUAAUGGAGCUUCAGGCCUCCUACACACUGGUCCUGAUGAAAGCAGUUCCAGUAAAUAAAGAAUAAAAUGCACGUAAAAUGCAUUUAAUGAAAAUGCAUUUUUGCCCAUCAAAAUUUUUAAAAAGAGUAUUUAUUUAAAAUGGCAGCAACAACAAAAAAUCUCUUUCCUUUUUUACCAGGUUAAUCCAAACAUGAUUUAACCACCUUUCUUCUGACAGUCUCCUAGAUCACUCGUGACCUGCUCAGGGUUUGGGUUUUAGCCACAUGUCACAUGAAGUCUUAUCAGUUCACCCUGGAAUCACUGUUUUCCCUUCACCUAACCAUAAACGCUUGAGCUGGCGGAUGUUGAGGUUAAAAACUUGGUCCACUUUCCAAAAGUGAUGACUCAUAUUUUUAAUAAAAACAUUCAUAAAAGGAAGAAAGAGACCUUUAGGUUUUUUCCUCAUAAUUUUACCCCCCAAACACAUGUUGUAGUGUAUACUGGUUUGGUUUCCAGUGGAGGAGCUGAUGCUUCACUGGGUAGUUAAUGGUAGGAAACAGUAUCCCAGCCUGUUGCCACUGCUUCAAUUGAGUGUAGUGCAAUACAGAAACAAAGCCAAGAAUCAAGACUUGAAUAAGCACUGAUUAUGAUUAACAGGGCUCCUUGUUUGUUUUAUUUUUUUGUAUUGCUGGAACGUUUUUGAAAUUUGUUAAGCACUUUCUUUCUUUUUUUAGACACUUUUUCUUUUUAAUAUCCCUUUUUUUUCUUUCACCCAUUUAAAGCCCAUUACAAAGAAUACUAGGAAUCAUCCUGAAUGUCUUUCUUUGCUUAUAUGGCUUCUUGACUUUACAUGGUAAAACCAGCUGUGACGUCUUCAGGUUUCCAGGUCGAUGUGCCACUUGGUUACAGUGAUGUUACUGUAACCAAAUUAGAGGGAACCGAUGUACAGGUACGUUUAAAAAGUACCAAAUUUCUGAUGAACUCUCAACUCAAAUGAAAAUCUGUCUUACAUCAGUCUUUUUUUUGUGCUUUAUUACACUGAUUUCUUCUUUGAAAGAUCUUUACCAAACUGUAGACUUUAUCCUCUGUUUACCAAUCAGACUGCAGCACUGCUGAAAGGUGUAUGACUGUUGACCAAUCAGACUUAAGUAUUGCUGUAAGAGGUUUAUGACUGUUAACCAAUCGAACUCCUGCCUUGUCAAAGCUCGCGGUGUGCGCGUUGAUGAGACAGUAGUUUAAAGGGGGAAUGUGACCUUGAAUGACCUUUAAUAAUUCAUUUUUCUUUUAUAAAAAAAACACUUUGCUGCUCAUUAAAGAUCAUAGUUACCAAAAUUAUACCAACAGAGACUUGGCUGAGCGCUACGCUGAUCACACAUUGGUGCACGGACACUGAUAACUCCAAAAUCAAAAGGUUGUUGUACGUCUAUUGUAACUCUAUAAAGCUACGCAACUAUAACUUGUCCUUUUCAAGUAUGCAGCAUCUGAUGAAACACUGGGAAUGGAAAUGUUGGAUGUUAGAGCAGAUUUGUGAUCUUUCACUACAGGAAUUUAUCUGUUUCAUGGGAGAUUUCAGCCGCGGCAGGUCUCCACCGCUGUCUGAUAAUGUGAAGCUGUGAUUUAGGGCUAGUUUUGCAGAUUUCUUUCUUUUUUGUUUGUUUUAUUUUUUAUUUCGUGUAUAACGGAGCCUCGCCCCGUCGGGCUGUUCUCUAGAUACGGUUAGGGCCGCGCUUUAAGGCUACAGUUCUGUUGUGUAGUGUGUUUAAAGCCGUCGCUGUUAUCAGUAAAACUUAACUUAUGGGCUGAAAUUACAGAAAUGAUCGACCUGCAAUCCUGCAUGUCUCCUUGGAAAUAACGUGUCACACAAAAAUAAAGACUUUCAACCUCUUUCUUAUUUUAUGUCUGUUUUUUUUUUUUUUUUACCUAUGUGCACCCAAAAAAGCUGUUAGUGUUCAAGAAUCGUGCUUGCUGUCAGUGAAAUUAACGUCCUCUGCAGGUAGUUGUCAGGAGAUCCCAUAAAGAAAAGAUGACAUAACCAGGAAGCUUGAUUGUCACAUGGGGCAUCAUUUAAUAGUCCAUUAUAUUGUACAACCAAAAAAAAAAUUCCUUUGGUGUGUGUGUACAUAGCCACGGUCAGACUAUGCAUGGAUUGAUCCCAGGAUGUUACCGAGAAGAUGGGAAGAGAGAUGGUUAGAGUUAGAAGAAACCAAAGAAAGUGGAGGAGAGGAUGAGAGGAGUAAUGAUGGCAGAAAUAAGUAAGAAAGGAAGGAGGAUAAAGAGAAGUGGAGUGUCUGUUGAUGGAAAGAAGAAAGCUUAAAGUAGCCAGUUGGCUGAAACCAGUAAAAUAACUUUACAACAAGGCUACCGCUUCAU